AUGGCGAUGUCUUUGAUCUCUCCUGAGACCUUCUUCAUCGCCUCUACGUCCUCUUCGUCUCCUGGUGCUGCCUCUUCUUUGGCUGUCGCUUAUCGUCGGCCUCCUCAUGUCUGCUCGGUCUCUCCCGCUCGUCGAUCUAGUGGGCGUCCAUUCCUGACGGGGGAACGCAGGGAAGGGACGGCGAGCUCUUCUCUUGUGCUUAGGGCCUCCUCGUCCUUCGCGCCUCCGUCGCUGCCGGAUUCGGAAGCCGAUGCUCUCGGGAACGUCAGUAUCUAUUCGGCCGAGACAGGGCAGCCAGUUCCCUUCAGAGAUCUCUGGGACCAGAAUGAGGUGCGGUAAAAUCCUUGUGAGAGUCUACCGUUGUCGUGGAAGGACUUGGCGUUUUAUUUUUUAAGGCCGCGGAGGAGUCAAUUCUAGGGCGUUAGAAUGGUGUGAAUUUUUCAAACACCGAUGAGAAAGAGAUUUCCCAGUCUCUACCUCUGUUUUUUUUUUAUCUGAACGCAUUUUCUUAGGAUACAUGGACUCCGCUUUUUUUCUGAUUUGCCUGCAACUGCAGACCGUUUUACUGCUGAUGGUCGAACAUACUAAACUCUUUCUUUGAUUUUUCAAACAGCUUGUUUAGUGCACCCUGGAACCAUUGCGAGCAUUUACAAUUACUGACACCAAUUAAUUGGCCAAUUCAGUGUUCAAAAUUUGAGGUUAGGAAACUGGUUAGGAUGUUGAGAACUACGACGAACUUGAUUCUUAAUUGCUUACUAGAUCCUUCGAUCUAUUCUGGGAUAUCCUAUUGACGCAGACUACAUCAGUUGAUCAGCUGUCUAUUGUGAUCCGGGUAUAUAACUAAGAGAUGUGGGUCAACGGAAACGGACUACAAACAAAUUUAUGUCUGUAGUACAUACUAUUCUAUGCGUCAGAUGCUGAUGUAAGAUCUCUUUACAGAAAUUCCUUCGGUGUAAUAUGUACUUUUUUUCUUAACCGAUAGCCUUUUAUGCAAAGAAUUAUUGAGAUGCAAUUCACAUAUCUGUAAAAUUGAGCAAGUUUAUUUCGAUCGUUAGAAAAGUCGUUCUUUGCUAAUUAUUUAAACCUUAGGAUUUUCAACUCUUACCUGUCAAAAUGAAGUCCUUGUAGGUUCCGGGAAACAUCAUUAUCGGAUUUAGCUCAUGACAAUGAAAAUCUGUUGCUUUAACGAAAUUCAGGGGAAAUAACAUAUCAUUUAGCUAAUGCUUCUUACAUUUUGAAAAUAACUAGAGGGAAGUCCGUUAAAAGGCAGUAAUGCACAAUAUAAACAAACCCUGGACAAAAUUCUAUUUAUACGUGUAUAUAGUUUUUAAAUAAUCGUAGGCUUCCUUAACAUAUGUUGUGCAAAUUUAAUUUGUUUCAAUGAUGCCUCUCUGUUAAAGCAUAUUCUUUCAUCUCCUUAAGUUAUUAACCGUAUUUCUGUUCCAGGGAAUGGCAGUGGUUGCGCUUUUAAGGCAUUUUGGGUGUCCAUGUUGGUAUGAUUAGAUUCUCUUACUUGUUAUAUCAGUUAUAUCUUGUUGACAUUAUAGUAUAUAACUAACACCGUUUGAAUCUUCUUUCUACAUUACCUAAGCUGGGAGCUUGCUUCUACUUUGAAAGAGUCAAAGGUGCGAUUCGAUUCAGCUGGUGUCAAGCUGAUUGCGGUAGGAGUUGGUGCUCCUGAAAAAGCUCGCAUCCUUGCUGAGAGGGUAAGAUCUUAUAUCCUUAGUUUUUUUCCUUUUGGAUUACAAUUUUUUGACGGAAUACCGUUAACUGUUCUAACAAAAAAGCGGAAGAAAACCUCAGAAACAGAGGACAGUCAGGAAAAUGAGGGUUAAGUUUUAGUCGACAGUGAAGCUACCAUUAGUGGAGAACUCGCUUUGGAAAAAUAUGCCCUCAGCAUCGUCGAUUUAAAAUUCCGAUUCUCAACCCACCAAACCCCUACAAUUGAGAGAAUAAAAAGCUCCUACAUCCCACAGUUUAUUUUUGGGUUUCAGUUUCCCAGUUAGCCCACAAGGAUUGGACCAAGUAGAUCCUCUGCUCCCAAUGAAUCUUAUUAAUUAUUUAACUAGGGAGAUCAGAAUACACUAUUUUUUCAAAAGCAAGAAAAUUUUCUUUAUUAGCUUCCCAGUUGUUCAAAAAGGAUGGAUAUAUGACACAUUAAGACAGUAGUAUAUCGAUGUAAAUCAGCGUACAAACUAUCCUAUUAAGAUAAGUUUCCAUGCUGAUUUCUCUUUAUGAUAUUCAUGCUGUGUUGCUUUGAAAAUUAUUGCAAAUUACGAGUUUGGAUCUCGCUGUUCCAAAAAAUCCUCACAAAUUAUGAACCCUUGCCUUCUACAAUUUCAUACAAUAUUUUUAAUUCUCCUCUUAAUUUUUUUUGCAGCUACCAUUCCCAUUGGAUUGCCUUUAUGCAGACCCAGAUCGUAAGGUGCACAUCUAUAUAUUCCUGCUCAUUUGUGACAUUUGACUCAUGACUACUGUUUCCUAAUAAGUUUUUUUCAGGCGUAUGACGUUCUGGGCCUCUAUUAUGGUUUUGGCCGGACUUUCUUUAACCCAGCUAGUGUAAGAUUUCUUCUUUCCGUUUCAAUAUUUAUGAAAUUCAAUGUUCCCCGAAAAGAAACACGUAUGUAAAAAAUUAGCAUUUAGUGACAAUGAAUCAUAAUUUGACAUUCAUGCUCAAAUACCAUGACUUCUUAAACAAGUAUAUCUAAAUUAAAAUUUUGUAACUGUAACUCGUUCCUUACUAUUAAUUGACACGUCUCUUACUGAAUUUAACAGGCAAAGGUCUUUUCAAGAUUCGAGUCUCUGCAGAAAGCUGUGAAGAACUAUACAGUCGAAGCUACUCCAGAUGAUCGGAGUGGUGUAUUGCAGCAGGUUAGUCCAGUAUUUCUAUGCACUCGCAAUUUUUCCUAGGUGUUGAUCGAUUGAUAUAGUUCUUAUUUCCUAAUUACUCGUUAAUUUCCCCGCUUCUCAUGCUGAUUUGUAUAUCAUCGAACGUUUGCUUCCUUGGGCUUGACCUAAUCAUUAUGUCUCUGAUACCCUAAUUGCUCAUUUGUUUCCCUAUUUCACUGGAUGCUGUGCAUAUUUCAUUUAUUUUGGCCAAGUAGUAUAGUUCUUGUUCCCUAGUUACUCAUUUAUUUCCCUGCUUCUCUAGGUAAUGUAUAUUUUAACAACAUUUUCUCCCAAGCCUUAACCCAUUAAUAUAGUUCCUAUUACCAAACUUUCUUUUCUUGGUCUUCACUGAUUAGUAUAGUUCUCUUGCCUUGAUUGCUCAUUAAUUUCCGUACUUCCCAGGGCGGUAUGUAUAUUUUCAAGGGGAGGCGGCUGCUGUAUGCGAGGAAGGACGAGGGAACAGGUGACCAUGCGCCGUUGGACGAUAUCCUCAACAUCUGCUGUGCGGCUCCUGUUGCAUGA